AUGUCCCACUCCCGUACCCCGUCGUCCGACUACUCGUCGGUUCCGGUGGAUAGGGUAGUACAGUCGGUUACAAAUGCCACAAAGAGACUCUCCCAGAUUUCCACCAACACAAAUCUGUCAGCAAAGAAACGCAAAAACCAAAACAGAAUUGGUCCCUGGAAGUUGGGUCGUACCUUGGGCCGUGGGCUGACCGGUCGUGUUCGUCUCGCUAAGAAUAUUGACACUGGGAAGCUUGCUGCUGUGAAAAUUGUACCCAAGUCCAACUUCAAGAAACUUGAAAACCCAAAGUAUCGCCGCCUGGCGUCCCCUGAUGGGAAAGACCACUUGCCGUACGGCAUUGAGCGAGAAAUCAUCAUCAUGAAGCUCAUUGCUCACCCGAACAUCAUGGGGUUGUACGAUGUGUGGGAAAAUAAGAAUGACUUGUACUUGAUUCUCGAGUAUAUCGAAGGCGGUGAGUUGUUCGACUACUUGAUCAAGCGCGGGAAGCUUCAGGAAUUUGAAGCAGUGAGCUACUUCAAGCAAAUCAUCCACGGAAUUGGCUACUUGCACCAGCUCAAUAUCUGUCAUCGUGAUUUGAAGCCGGAGAAUCUCUUGUUGGAUUUCAAUAAGAACAUCAAAAUCGCUGAUUUUGGAAUGGCGGCAUUGGAAAUCAAGGAAAAACUCUUGGAAACUUCCUGCGGAUCUCCUCACUAUGCCUCUCCCGAAAUUGUUGCCGGUAAAAACUACCAUGGUGCCCCCUCCGAUAUAUGGUCCUGUGGUAUCAUUCUCUUCGCACUUCUUACCGGACACCUUCCCUUUGAUGAUGAGAAUAUCCGCAAGCUUUUGCUCAAAGUGCAGAAUGGAAAAUUCUUGAUGCCGCCAGACUUGUCUCUGGAAGCCAAAGAUUUAAUCACCAAAAUGCUCCAGGUAAACCCAGCCGAUCGUGUUACCAUCGACGAAAUCUUGCUGCACCCGCUUCUCAAGAAAUAUCCAGAGCCAUUAACGUCAUCCACUUCUUACUUUGAUCUCAAGAAUGUCACCUUCCAGCCGAUUGAACUGUCCAAAAAGAUCGACCGCGAGAUCCUCAAAAACUUGUCGGUGCUCUUCCAUAAUUGCGAUGAACAGACAAUAAUCAAGAAGCUUUUGUCUCCUGCAAAAUGUUCGGAAAAGGUGUUUUACUACCUCUUGAUGAAGUAUAGAAACGAGCACAAUGCUCCGCAAAACUACGAGGAAGAUACCGAUAUGACGGCCAGCGAGUCAAAGAAUUCAUUCCCACGUUCCACCAGCAUUGUACGGAUCACAACCACCGAUCCUUCUACCGGAUCCAAGUAUACCACCACCACCGUCCAGAAGAUUCCCCCAUCAAAUUCUAUUCAUUCGAGCAAAUCACGGAAGAAUGUUUUGGGUAACAUAACAAAUACCCACACAAACUCCCCUAAGAAUAAGAGCUUUACCGCAUCCACGUCGUUUACAAAAAAGAAGCAUGCAAUGUCAACUCGCUCCUCGUCAAGAUCACUCAAGACCAAGUCCAAGUCCCUGCUCAAACGUAAACCAACUGGCUUGCUAGCUUUAGAGAACGUUGAAAAUGAAGAGGUCAAAAGUAAGGUAACGGGAACUUUUGGAAGCAGCUCAUUGAUGAACUUUGAGAAGGAAUGCCAGGACGUUUUUGAGAAACCCGUGCCUCAACGUCGUACUUCGAAAAACCUUUCUCCAAUUGAAAAGCAUGAGCGUGAACUAGCAAUGAGAGUCCACAAGCAAAACGAAGAGCGUGAACACCGGUACCUUCUUGAAGCGCAGGCGAAAGCCAAAGCAGAAGUUGCCAAGUUGAAUGCCGCAAAAGCAGCAGCAGCCCGUGCUGAGGCCAACGAAGUUGAAAGAUUAAAUUUGGAAAGAGCCAAAAGAGCAGAAAAGCAAGCUGCUGUAAACAAAUUGAGUGAACCAAAGACCGCAAAACUGGCAAGAGAUGGCACCGUUCAGAAAGCAGAUCGCCGUUCUGUAACCGAACCAAUCCAUACCUCUUCCCUCGACCCUCGUACCAAAAACAUAAACUCGUUAUUGAGAGCAAAGUCUUUGGCGUCACCAUCUUCAUACUCAUCGCUUCGCAAAGGAUCCAUUAAUCAAAAUACCACAAAAGUUUUGCAGCAGUUGGGAGUUGACUUGAAUCCCGGCAAGAUCAAUGAGUCUGUGAAGACAUCCAGCUCUCGUCACCUUUCCGCGUACUUACAAGACGCCAAGGUUACCCAAGCAGAUAGAAUCAGUCUAGGCGAUUUCAACGAAAUUGAAAAGGAAAACGUUGGUCCUUUACCAACCAUUCUGCGUUCUGGAUCCCAAAAGUCCGUCAAGUCAGAGAGGUCUCAACGCUCUUCCGCGUCCCAAUGGUCGACAGAUACCAAGUCUCGCAAGCCACUCUCUAUGCCAUACAAGUCUCUUCUUGGUGGAAUUGAUGAGACAGGUAAAACCCUCCCAUCGAUGUCGCCUCCAAGGGAACCACUUCUGCGAAAGUUAGCUGAUACAACAAUGAGAACUCUUGACUCGAGAAGAACGGGCCUCAUUCCUAAUCCUCGGUUUUCCAGGUUUUCUUUCAAUGGUCUUCUUGGAAACUUGAAUCCUUCCACUAUAUCCGUCAACGAAUUUCCAUCGGCUCCAAGUCAAACCAUAAUUUCAAAUUCGCUUCUGAGAGGAAACACCGUUGUCAAGUCUCCUCGUACUUCUGAGUUGAUCCAUGAUAAGACAUUGCCUUCUCUUCCUACGGGCAUGUUGAAGAAAUCGUCAACCAAUCUCUUGGGUCUAGGAAUUGACCUUAAAAGUAAUAAUUCCCGUCAUAACAGCAUAGCUGAGAAGUCAAGGUCACGUCAAAUGUCGCAACAUCAUAGCAGACAAGCGUCCAGUGGCUCUUAUGAACAAAAUCAUUCUCAAUUUGUAUCUGUUCACUUGGGAGAUACGGUGGUCGAAGAGACACAUAUUCACUCCGACGAAGAUAGUCAAAACACUAUUCUUGGAGACGAAAGUCAACCUAGUUUCACCGAGGAAAAGGGAGGAAUGGAAACUGAUAUUUCAAACUUUGACAUCAUCAGUAGUCGAACGGCCGAAAUAGGAGCACUGAACAAGUCUCGUCCAAGUUUGAUCGAUAAUCUGCUCGAUGUUUCGAGGCACGAAGAUGCUGAUUCAGACAAGACCACUAUAAAGUCCUUGUAUAAGGAUUAUGAACGUAUUUAUGGUGACGAAAGAAGUAUUAGUCACCAUGCAACAAAGAAAACCGUUGACCAAGACGAAUACUCCCGCCGCAAAUCGUCUCUGAACUAUGACGUGCUUGACAAGUCCGGUGCUAGCUACAGUCGAUCAGCGACGUUGAAUGAGUUGGAGGUAGAGGCAGCUGAACAAGAAGCUAAUGAUGGGUUUGAGCACGACGGAUAUGAACCAACUAUUGACGACCAAGCAGCUACCGGCUUCGGACAAGACAAUGAAUAUGAGCAGGCUGCUAAUGACUUGCAAGAAGAGAGAGCACCAACGCGAGCUUCUACUCAAGUUUUUAGCACCUUGGACAGAUUGGUGGACGACAAAGAGAAAGCUAGCUUGAAAGAAAGAGAACCUGAACAGAACAUUGAUGAAUCUGGAGCAGCCAAAGAUGUUGGAAGAUACUCGACCAUCAUAAGGCGAAUGAGCUUGAAACCCAAGAGAGAGGCUCCCAAACCACCACUGGCGUCUGACAUUGAAAGUAAGGGCCACCAUCGACUUCCUAGGUUUUCUGUUCAAUCCAAGAUCUACACUUCAGAUGACAAUGGGCCUAAAGCUGAGUCAAAGGGUUGGUUCCGCAAGUUGAUCGAUUCUAUUGGAUCCAGGAACAAACCUGCGAAAUCGACAAUCAAGAAUACUGCGCAGUAUAACAAAAAGAUCCAAAUACUUGACUCCAAGCUCAGUGCGUCGGAAUUGAUGAGAGUAAUCCGGAACACAUUGGAGAUGAAGCGCAUUGAAGGGUCGGUUUCGAAGGUUAAUAUUGACGAAGAAUUUGGGCUUAUCAACGGUACAAUUCCUGCCAAAUUCACUGGAGGACGCAAAUUGAAAUUCCGGAUCGAAAUCAUGGAUUUGGUCAACGCAUCGUCGCUACACGUGGAGAACCUCCGAGGACCUACAAGAUCGUUCAAAAACUUGGUGAAUAUCAUCAAGUUUAUUGUGGAGCAAGAAGAACAGGCGUACGACCGCCAGAACGGGUACGAGUUUUCGGGCAACAGAGUGAGCACCGCCAAGGUGAACUGA